UUCGUGGCGGGUAGUAUCUGUGUAUCGGGUAUAGAUUGUAAAGUAAUUAUGGGCUAUUUUGAAACCUUCAAAAGGUGUUUAUAAAUUUAUGUUCAGUUAGAAGUAAUUAUUUCUUUUAUGGAUUUUUAUUAAUAAGUUUUAAACUUUCAAGCUGUCUCUGCGUAGAAGUGGAGAUACAUAACAUUUCUUUACCGCUCAAUACAGCGUUAGAUGCCAUUGUUUGAAAAAGGAGCUUUCUUGAGUCAAUUUUAAGUAUUGCAGUUAACGUAGAGAAGAUGGAGAAGGAUACACCGACACCUAUUUCCGCCGACGAGGCUGCGUUCAGGAACCCGCCGCCUACGUAUGAAGAAAUAAUGGGUGUGUAUCAAACUUCAAUCAAAAAAGAACAAGUGGUCAGCCAAGAGAUGCCUACACUAGCAUAUAUUGAUAUCAUGCCAAAAUGUAUCAGCAAAGGCAAUAUAGCUGGGAAUGUAGCGCCCAAGUUCGAGAGUUUCAGUAAGAUUCUUGAAGGUGCAAACUGCCUGCUACAAGAUAAUCCGAAUAUGGCAAUAUGGAAGUGUGAGUCAGUAACUAAGAAACUGUACGCGACCAAGGAAGGGACAUUGACCUACGAACUCAAUACUAUGUUCCGUCACGAAUCUACCUUCGGAUUCCUUGUGUACAUCAAGGGACUGAGGCUCUGGCUGACAAGAGAUCCGAACCCCAAAGGACCUCCUCAACAAAUUGGGCUGCGGAAUAUUGUGCCACACAAAAUGACAGUUGAAGUGCCAUCACGAGGAUAUUAUAGAGCGGGUAAGGUGACUAUUGAGGGUGUUGACUACAAAAUGACCAACAUGCAUGGCUUAAAUAUGUUCAAUACGUUUGAAAAUCUCGGUGAUACUGUAAAGAGAUUGCAAGAAAAUCUUGCGAAUGACCCCAUUCCAGGCACAAUACUGACAAUUGAAACAGACAGAAUCAAGUCUUAUGAACAGUUUAAGAGCGACCUUGACCCCGAGGCAACGUGCUGGACAGAGAACAAGUCCAAGUUCCGGAGGUUCACACAGGUUAUCCGGAUAUUCUACAUACAGGGAACUUCGGCCAAGGAAGAAAUAGGCUACGAAGAGUUUGUACCGGAACUAACUGAAGCCCCAGACUCUCUCAAACCUUGCAAGUUUGAACCAUUUGAAAAUCUUAUGUACAGGCUGGCCACUUGGGUGAGGGCCAAUCCGGGUGUACGGAUCGUGAACAUUCAACAGUAUGAUGCAAUAAUCAACAACAGUUUUAGUAGUGUAGAAGUAUGUUCAGACUCUACAGACGACUUUAUAUCUACGUUUCUUGACCAACGCUUUACCAGGACGCUACGCGUUUUCUAUACCAAAUCGUCUGCUGUGAGAGGUCUUCCCGCCAAUUAUAUCACCAGUCGGCUGUUUCUACCUGCACGCACUGGACCUAAGUCGUUCGAAUGCAUGACGCAGACGAUGGAUAGAAUUGAUGCUUGGCUUCGUGUUACGGGUUUACCUAUAUAUUCGGUAGAAACAGUAGAUUUAUUGUUUAAUGAACAUCAGCAACUUGGUGCAGAGUACCUAAAAUCGGAUUACAAUUCCCAUUCGAUGUCUGGAAAAUACUGGCUUACAGCUGUCAGAGUAUACUUCAGUAGACCAUACAGUGAGCCUGACCCCGCCCUUCUUCCUCCUCUUCCUCUGUAUAUGACAGGCGGGGGUGGUUCCAGCUCGUGUAAUAUUUUAUGAUGAUCAGUAAUCCAAACAGUGCUUCUAGUGAAAGAUCAACCUGUGGACGAGUUGCACGUGCUCUAAAUUGAAUAAU